AAAAUGGAUGGGGAUACCGAAGAUGGACAGAAAAUGUCACAGACCAUCAAGCAUCGACGGCAAAAGCUAUAUCUCACUAGAAUAGAGAGUCAACCAUUAAGAUGGAGGGUUCUGGAGAGCACCCUAUACAUCCGGCAAUAGCACCUCUCUCAUUCCUUCUUGGCAAAUGGAGGGGUCAAGGUCAAGGUGGCUUUCCCACCAUUAAUUCCUUCUCCUAUGGCGAAGAGCUCCAUUUCUCCCACUCUGGCAAGCCUGUUAUAGCUUAUGCCCAGAAGACUUGGAAAUUAAGCUCAGGGGAGCCAAUGCACGCAGAGAGUGGUUAUUGGAGGCCAAAAUCAGAUGGGACUAUUGAAGUUGUCAUUGCUCAGAGCACUGGUCUCGUUGAAGUUCAGAAAGGGACAUAUGAUGCUGAUCAGAAAGUGAUAAAAUUGCAAAGCGAGCUCGUGGGAAAUGCUUCUAAGGUCAAAGAGAUUGCCAGAGUAUUCGAGUUGAAAGAUGAAGGGUUGUCAUACGAGGUUCAGAUGGCUACAAAUCUCACAAAACUAGAGCCACAUUUGAAUGCCUUACUCAAGAAACUCUAAUUUAUUUGAGUUCUGAAGAGUGUUUAUUUGAGAAAGAACAACUCAUUCCAUUCCAACUUAUGAUAUAAAUUUCUAGCAAAUGACAAUGCUUGUGUCAGAAACACUAAAUUUAUAGCCCCAUAUCAAAGGUUUUCAAGACUUUAAUAAAACCACACAUAUCCUACCCAAGAUUAGAAUAUGAAUCAAUCUCAUUACCUUUCAAAUGAUUUAGUUUGUGUUUAUAAUAAUAGUAAUGCUUUGAGCACUGACUAGUGCCACUUACAUAUUUUAACAAAUCCUCAUUCAAGAGCUUGAACAUAUCAUUCUGAUCACAAUUCAUGUAUUUGGGAUUUAUAAAUUGUAAUCACAAAUCAUCAUCAUCAGAUAAUGAAAUGCAAUGAACAUGGUUUCAUUUAUAAUGCAAAAGCAGAAUAAGACUAAUGAUCAUUAAAAAAAGCAGGACAAACAAGAAAUUGUGAAUGGAGAAGAACAAAACCCUAGCUAUAUGUUAAAACUGCCAUUAAUGGAACAAUAUACUAAAAGCCGAGGGACCUCUGUGAAGAAGAGUAGUAAUGCGAUUCGAGUUCUUUGAGUGCAGCAGCAGCAUCAUCCCCAAUUCGAGCAAGCAAUUGAUUAGUUUUCUGAGCUUGGUGAUUGAACUCAGAAGUCCUCUGAUCGACAUGGUCGUUGAGUGAAGCGAAGCCUGCGAAGAUGGCCGUUUGCUUUAGCUCAGAAACCAAUUUGAGGAGAGAAUCGGCAGCCAUAACCAUCCUGGCAGCACGCAUUUCAGCCAUGAAAGCUUCUUGGGUGUUCCUGACAGUUGGUUCGUUGACCCUAGAGACAUUGACUAAGUGACUGAAAUUGUCGACGAUGUGGCUUAUGUCGGUUUCCACUCUCUGCAUCAAAGCUUUCUGUCUCUGAGCCGCCGCGGCCGCUGCUGCCGCUGUAGGUCCGGUUCCUCCGGCGCCUCCUGCUCCUCCUCCACCACCUUUAUUCAUCUCCUUCUCUAACUAGGGAUUUGAUUAUACUCACAAUAUACUAUACAAUUGGGAAUUAACUAACUAAAUCUAAUGGUGAUGUAACAUUCUACAGAUU